UCCCCGCCGCAGAGCCCGCCGCCGGCGCGAGCGAACAGCAGCAGCCACGGCGCCGCGAACCCGCCGCCCGUCCGCGCGAACAGCAGCGACGCGUACGGCCGCCACAAUGCGCGGAGCGCCGGCGAGAGCAGCCGCCCGCGCACCCGCACGCUCGAGGAGCGCAGCUUGCGCUUCCAGAGCCUCGAGGAGGGCCUCGUCAGCAGCAUCGGCCACCCGUCCACCAUCCCCGGGCCUGUCAGCAGCAUCGGCCACCCGUCCACCGUCCCCGCGUCCGGCCACCAGUCCACCGUCCCUGCGUCCGGCCACCCGCCCUCGACCGCCGCCGCCGCCGCCGCCGCCACCCCCACCGCGACCGCCACCCCCACCCACAGCGCGGCGCCCGAGUCGUGGGCCGCACCGGUGCCCGCGUCCGACGUGCGCAAGCUCAAGACGCUCAUGCGCGCGACGUGCGGCAAGAUGCAGGGCCUGCUGGCCUUCCGCCGCGGCGAGGCCAGCGCAUGGGCCCUGUCGUACUGCUGCAUCAACGUCGACGCCGGCAGCCUGCUCUACGAGCCCAAGAGCGACCCCACCUACUCGCGCACCCUGAUCCCCGACCUGCGCGGCUGCCACGUCAAGAGCGCGUUCGACGGCGACGCCUACACGGCGUACCUGCACGUCACCGUCCACAACUCCAAGCUCGAGGUCCACCUGCGCCCCCCGACCCAGGACGAGUUCGACUCGUGGUUCGCCGCCCUGCUGUGCUGGCAGCCGAUGCGGCCCAAGGGCAUCCAGAACCGCAUGGCCAAGCCCCAGGCCCCCGUCGUCAUGGAGCGCCGGCCGGCCGACCCCCGCGGCUCGGACGCCUCGCUGCUCAAGGAGUCGCCCAAGAGGGAGGCGCCCAUCAUCAAGGUUGGCAAGAUGAUCUACUGGGACACGAGCGUCACGUACAGCAACACGGGUACCCCCAAGUCCGCCCAACCCCGGCCCCACGCCUACCGCGUCCAGAGCCACGGCUCGCGCCGCUGGCGACGCGUCUCGUGCACCCUGCGCGAGAACGGCGAGCUCAAGCUCUACUCGGACACGGACGUGACGCUCGUCUCGACGGUCCAGCUCUCCCACCUGUCGCGCUGCGCCGUCCAGCGGCUGGAUCCCUCGGUCCUGGACAACGACUUCUGCAUCGCCGUGUACCCGCAGUACACGGCUGCCUCGUCGUCGAUACCGCUGCUGCGCCCCGUCUUCCUGUCCCUGGAGUCUCGCGUCCUGUACGAGGUCUGGAUCGUCCUCCUCCGCGCAUUCACCGUCCCGCAGCUCUACGGGCCCAAGUCGGACGCGCUGCACGGGGAGGGCCCUCUGUCACCCUCGUUUGAGACCCAGGACAUGUUCCGCAUGGAGAAGUCGCUGUUUGUCCGAGUCAUCGAGGCGCGCCUGGUCCCGCCCGUCAGCCCAAAGGUCGCUACUGGAGAGGGGCCGGCGCCGAUACGGCCGACUUCGUCUGCCACGACGAACCCAGGCGGAUACCUGAUCGAGGUGCUGCUGGACGGGGAAGCACGCGCUCGAACGAGCGUCAAGAACGAGGGCGACACGCCAUUUUGGAGAGAAGAGUUUGAGUUUUUGGAUCUGCCGGCACUGCACACGGCGUCGCUGUUGCUGAAGAAACGACCGCCGAGCUACAACCGGCACGACAAGAGCAUGUUUGAGAAUGUCACCGGCAGCGACAACCCGUACGCUUCAGAGGGGGGCUACGCUGGCAUCUCAUUCGACCAGACACUGGGCAAGACAGACGUGUACCUCGACGACCUGGGGCCGAAUCACGAGCUGGAGAAGUGGUGGCCGGUCGUGAACAUGUACGGCAACAGCGUCGGCGAAGUGCUCGUGCGCAUCAGCAGCGAGGAGUGUGCCAUCCUGAUGGCUCGCGACUACUACCCCCUGUCGGAGCUGUUGCACCGCUUCUCGAACAGUCUGACGUUGCAGAUUGCACACAUGGUGCCAAAUGAGCUGAAGAAGCUGUCAGAGUACCUGCUCAACAUCUUCCAAGUAUCUGGCGCUGCGUCCGACUGGCUCUGCGCGCUUGUUGAGGAGGAGAUUGACGGGACACUGAAGGAUUCGCCGGCAAGCCGACUCCGAUUCAGCAAGAGGCUUGGGUCGAGCGACUCGAACGAGUCACCCCUCGGCGCCUUUAAUUCUGCAGGUGACCGAGAAGUGUUUGUGCGAGACAUGGGCGUCAACGCCAAGCUGGAGGCCAACUUGCUCUUCCGCGGCAACACGCUCCUCACAAAGUCGCUGGAUCUACACAUGAGGAGGCUGGGCAAGGAGUACCUCGAGGAGACGCUCUGCGAGAAGCUGCGAGAGAUCAACGACAAGGAUCCCGACUGCGAAGUCGACCCCAAUCGCGUCUCGUCCCAGCACGAGCUAGACCGCAACUGGAGGCGCCUCAUCAACUGCACCGAGGAAGUCUGGCGGGCCAUCUACAACUCGGUGCAGCGAUGUCCCCAGGAGCUUCGAGUCAUCUUCAGGCACAUCAAGGCCUGUGCUGAAGACCGAUACGGCGACUUUCUGCGCACGGUCAAGUACAGCAGCGUGUCUGGCUUCCUGUUUCUGCGAUUUUUCGUGCCGGCUGUGCUGAACCCGAAGCUGUUCGGCCUGCUGAGCGAUCACCCCAAGACGAAAGCGCGAAGGACCUUUACCUUGAUUGCAAAGUCCCUACAGGGCCUGGCCAACAUGUCCUCUUUCGGCACAAAAGAGGCUUGGAUGGAGCCCAUGAACGUCUUCCUCACCUCGCAUCGGCAGGAGUUUAGGAAGUACUUGGACGACAUUUGCUCCAUCUCGACCGCCAACACGCCGGCUCCGCCCAUACCGCCGUCUUACAGUACGCCCAUUGCCAUUCUGCACCGGCUGCCUCCCACGUUCAAGGAAGGCUUCCCCUCGCUUCCGUACCUGAUUGACCACUCGCGCAACUUCGCCAUGCUGAUCAACCUCUGGCUCGAGAACACCACCAAGACGGCGCACGAAAUCCAGCCGAGCGACGGUGAUCUGCUUCGAUUCCACAACAUCUGCGUAUCGCUCAGCGAGCGCACUAAAGAUUGCUUGAACCGCGCCGAGCCGGCCGAACGCCCGUCUUCUUCGCUGAGCGUCAAGUGGGAAGAACUGAUCGAACAGCUGAACGGUGCGAAUCUGGACGCGACCCGCGGCGCAAUGACGCGGAGUCGUGGAGCGAUCAAAGAGGAAGAGCUGGAAGACAUGCCAACCUCGCCGGGCAACGGCAACGUUCACGGAGAAGACUAUCCCUCGCCGUCGGCUGCAACCACCCCGAUCACCAUGAGGCCACGGCCGAAGACGCGGCACCAGCACAGCACGAGCAUAUCAGCAUCCCACGCAUCCCAAAGCUCUCUCAGGAGCAACAACUCGCAACAAAUCUCCUAUACCAACCCCUACGCCAGUCGCGGAGGGUACGCCCCAUCGGCCCACGAAUCUAUGACCACCUCCCAGUCUGCAUCCGCAUCCGCAAGCGCCUCGGCCUCGGCCGGCGAAGAAACACCCCCCGGCUCAAGCGACGGCCUGCACAUGGCCCCGGCUCCGUCCUACCCGCAAACACACACCCAUCCCUCCGCCUCAACGAGCUCCUUCGGCCGCAGCAACCCCGCAGCCCCCAUCAACAGCUCGCGCCCUGAACUCAUCUCUCCCGACUCGAACACGCGCACCCACGAAGCCACCCACAACGGCAAACCCGCGAGCGAAAACGGGUCAGUGCACGAGGACGAGUACACCACGGCGCUCCCCGCAUUCUCGUCCGCGCAGCCCGAGAAACAGAAGGAGAAGGAGCGCAAGGACCGCGGACUCCGCGGGGUGCUACCGUUCCAGCGCAAGAAAAAAGACAAAGACCGGGGCGACAAAGACAAAGAGAAGGACAAGGACAAGGAGGACAGGAAGAGCAGACACAAAGACAAAGACCGCGACAAGGAC